AUGGGGUACGCGGACAUCGAGAACAAGGUUCCGAUGCAGCAGGACACCAUCAUGCGAUUGUUCUCCAUGACCAAGUGCAUCGUGGCAGUGGCCUUCCUCACGUACGCUGAGGAUCCAAACAGCACGAACUGGAACAUUGACUUGGACGACCCAGUGUGGAAGUACAUACCUGCGUUCAAGCAGACGAAGAUAGCGCCGCUACGAGGCACGGUCAAGCCGCGCGACCUCGCGGCGGACACGUACACCGUGAGGAACACCGCCGGGAAGGUAGUGAGGCAGAAGUUGCCCAAGGUCCCCACCCUGCGGCAGCUGCUGUGCCACACGGCAGGCCUGGGUUACGGGCCGACGCUGGGCGACACCUGGCCGCCUGGGAAGCACGAUCACUACCGUAUCUAUUCCGACCUCAUCGACAGGGUGAAUCGGCAGCAGGUCACCUCGCUGGAGGAUUUCGUGAAUGAGCUCGCCAAGAUUCCGCUGAAGCAACGUCCUGGCUUUGCUUGGGAGUACUCCUUCGCCACCGACGUCCUCGGCCGGGUGCUCGAGGUGAUCUCCGGCAAGACGUUGGAUGAGGUAGUCGAGGAGAGGGUAUGCGGUCCGCUGGGGAUGUCAGAUACUUGCUUUCGGGUGCCGCCCGAGAAGGCACAUCGUAUUGCAGCGUGGUACAGGAGACCAGUGGACGACAAAGGGAAUCCUAUCGAGAGGAAGCCCGGGGCCACGUUCACGCUGGAGAGAGUAGACGGCCCUGGCGCCGAGAGCGGCUGGGUGGGUGCCAAGGUGUCCAAGGUUCUUUCAGCCGGUGGUACUAUUGAGACACCGCUCUCUAUCAAGGGAGGCAUGGUCUCGACAUUUCAGGACUACUUGCGUUUCCUGCUGAUGAUUCGGAACAUGGGGAGCUUGGACGGUGUCCAGAUACUUCGCAGGGAGACGGUGCAGACCAUGAUCACCAACCAAGUUCCUGCAAGCACCGAAGGGGAUUCUGGGGGCAAGCGCCGCGCGGCCUGGGUCUUCGACAAGAAGGGGCAGGGCUACUGCAUGCUCGGACAGAUCCAGGAGCUUCUUGCGCUGCACCGCUUGGUGCCAGCGUUCGAUUCGCGCGGUCGCACGCGGUCCGAAGAUGACGCGGAGGCGGGAUGCCAGAAAUCGUAG